AGGUUUCUCAACAGUGGAUGUUUAGUUCACAAGUUAAAAGUGCCGAUUCCUCCAGUGUUCAUACAUUUCUCUAUAUGUAGUUCGUUUUUGGUACAAUGAACCGAAUUAUUUCAAAUAUUCCAAAGUGUAUUCAACAGAUUUCAACAAUGUCUCAAUUGUUUAGUGGCGUUAAAUAAUAGAAAAAACUAAAAAAUAAAAACUUUUAAAAAAAGUAGGGUUUGAAAUUAUCGUUCUAUUUAGACACAGGUGUACAGAGUGACUCAAAAACUGACAAGUUUCAAGUUGUGGGUGAGCGAAGCUGACAGGGGCGCUUUGUAACGGUUUUUAACAGGGAUGAUGGCCUUGCACAAUUACAACAGUUCAACAAAUCUGCCCACCAAUGGGAUCUAACGUCUCCACAAAAACGGACAGUUCAUCCUCAUCAAUCAUGUCCAACCAGAACGCCACCAUUGAACCAUCGAAAAUCAUCAUCGACCAAUCCGACCAAAACAUCUCCAAUUCAGACCAGUGCUGUUCCGCCUCCGACCAAACCGGUACCGAAGGUACCAGUAGUUCUAGUUGCCACCAAAGCGGUACUGAACAUUUAAAGGAACUACCUUCAAGUACAAACGUUGAAGAGCUGAAAUCAAAUAAAAAAGCAAUAGAAUUUAGUGAUGAUACGACAGGUGUAGAUAAGAACGAAGACGAAGACUCUGCAACGGAGAGUCUUCCGCCUACUGAGGAGUUAAUCGAGGAACCCCACGAUCGAUCGGAUGGUUCGGACUCUGGUUUAGGUUCAGAGCUGAGCGAAGAACGACCACAGGAAGUUGUGGCGAAUAUAGAAAGCGAUAGCGAGUCUUCUUUUCUUUACAAUACAAUAUCUAACACCCAGUUUGAGGAAUUUGCUAGGCAAGUUGCUAAUAACGACAUGAGCGGCGUACAAUCCAAGAGUAAACAGACAAAAAGUAGUCUUAAGCGAAAGCAUGUUGCGGAUGAAAACGAUGAACCCAAAGCCAAAAAAAGAAAAGGUAUCACUUUUGAUAGUGUCACCGUCUUCUAUUUCCCCAGAACGCAAGGUUUUACUUGCGUUCCUUCACAAGGCGGCUCUACCUUAGGCAUGGGAGCUCACCAUUCGCACGUAAAGAAGUUCUCCAUAGCUGAGCACGCCUUAGAGCAAAGAAGGAUCCAUAGGCAACUCCUGCAGCAACUUCGCUCCGAAAGGAACGUUACCGGUGGCACAGCAACUUCCAGUGAUGAAUCCGACAGUGAAGAUGAAGCCAGUGAGGGCUCAGAUACCGAAAUGGACCCCGACAACUUCUACUUCCUUCAGCCAGUUCCUACAAGGCAGCGAAGAGCUCUUCUCAGAGCUGCUGGAGUGAGGAAGAUCGACUCGAUAGAGAAGGACGAGUGCAGGAACAUUAGGACGUCAAGGGAGUUCUGUGGGUGUGGUUGUAAGGGAUAUUGUGAUCCGGACACUUGUUCCUGCAGUCAGGCGGGGAUCAAAUGUCAAGUAGAUAGACUUAAUUUUCCUUGUGGCUGUUCUAGAGACAAUUGUGGGAACUCCAGUGGAAGGAUCGAGUUCAACCCUGUCCGGGUUCGGACACAUUUCAUACAUACACUUAUGAGGCUAGAACUAGAAAAAGAAAAGGAAGGCAAAUCCGAAAACAAAGACACCCCAGUUCCCCAAAACUGGAUGGACAACGAGAGGCUAACAGCCGUGCCCCACCAGGACCAAUCUUCAGCGAAGUCUCCCAUCAAUAAGUAUAAUAGUAGUUUGUUACGAGACGUCAAUCUUACCGCCAACGUGGAGGCCGAAAACUGCGUCCACACCGGAAGCUUCACCAAUCUACACUACGGAGCUCCUGGAGAAGGGCCCGGGAAUCAUCUGCCGGACAGAGCUGAUUCCCUGGACCUGUAUACUUUCAGAGAAAAUUGCUACAGCGAGGAGGGAAACCAAGAGGAACGCAAACAGCCGUUCCACGGCCAGGCGUUCCACUUCUCCGGCGUGGGAUUCGGCAAUUACGUCCCUGGCCACCAAAAUCAAUACCCUCAGCCCUACCAGCAGACCUUCAGCGAGUUUCCUCCGAUGUUCACUCCCUACGGGGGCAUGUACGUCCCGGAGUUCAGCCAGAAACCCCUAGAUGGCGCCUUCCAUCAAACCUACGAGAACUUCAAUACGGAUCACAACUUCCCCGAAUCUAAGGAAAACCAAUACACUAAUCUCAAUCCUGUUGCAAGCAAUAGCAAGAUAGAGUCGUUCUCUGAGUUGUUAAACGGGAGAUAUGGAGGCUAUUCAAGUUACGAGGGAGAGUUCAGUAGUUUGAACUCGGAAUGUUCGGCGAAUAACUUGGAGAAGGGUAACGAUAAUUCGACCAGUACCAAUGAAGAAUGCGACGAAAACUUCGGCGAAAUUAUUAAGAAAUCUAUGGUAGAAACUGUCUCAGCAUAAAGUUAAUGAUUAUACAUACCAGUAUCACAAUUGUAUGACAGUUCAUCACCUCUACAUCCACCCUUAGUUUUAUGUGGUAACGCUACAUUGUAAGUUUAGUUCAGGGAAAUAGGCAAAAAAAGCAACCCUGUUUGUUACACUGCCCCCUCCAGGCUAACGAUAGUUAUUUUGAGUACUGUGGAUCUCCAUAAUAUAAUCAUGUUUCCUGCAGUCGAUUUUUUAAAUUUAAUUAGUUAUAAACGAAUUAAUUUUCAUUCAAAAUGAAUAAACAUUUUCAAUAUCGUUGCAACCCGAAACCGCAGUCGCAUUAUAUUUCUAGUUCAAUCAGAGAGUACAGCAAGAAUCUCUACCGGUUUCGGGGCUUCUUAGCUUCUCAUAAGGAGAUCCAUAUAUGCUCUUUUCUCUGAAUGAAGUAGGAUAAUACUCCUCGUGCCGUCACGGAUUGCAACGAACGAAAUGGCAUGGAUGGCCUAGCGACAUCUACUAGAAAAAAGUUUAUGUUUUUGUAAAAGGUUUAUUUAAAAUCCCUAAAAAGGGCUAUAUUACAACAAAACGUUUUCGGAAUCAAUAUUCCAUCAUCAGUGUUAUCACUUAAAAUAACUAUAACUCUAUAAGUAAAGCAAACGUGAGGUUAAAUUUUGACAAAGGAAAAAAAGUGAAUAGAUAGUUAUACUUACAGGUUUACAUGCUUUAAGCCACCAAAAUAUACGGGUAAAGACCCUUGAGUUGUCUUUAAACAGUUGAGGUUACAUUAUAUUAUCCGAUUUUAAAGAAUGUUAAAAAUAUUUCCAGAUUAACCCCUGGCAUCACAUCAGCUCACACAUUCAGCCCCUCAGGGCUGAAGUAACUACACAUAUUAUUACAGUCUGUCAAGGCACAUUGAUAAUCUAGUGCUGACACCGUUCAGAGAGCCAUUCCGGUUCAGUUGUCACCUAAACUCUGCCAUGUAAGGUCCUACCUACAAAUUUUCCAACCAAUAUGGAUGGUUGAUGUCAUCUGAUGCCAGGGGUUAAUCUGGAAAUAUUUUUAACAUUCUUUAAAAUCGGAUAAUAUAAUGUAACCUCAACUGUUUAAAAACAACUCAAGGGUUUUUACCCGUAUAUUUUGGUGGCUUAAAGCAUGUAAACCUGUAAGUAUAACUAUCUAUUCACUUUUUUACCUUUGUCAAAAUUUAACCUCACGUUUGUUUUACUUAUAGAGUUUACUUAUUUUAGGUGAUAACACUGAUGAUGGAAUAUUGAUUCCGAAAACGUUUUGUUGUGAUAUACUGAUCCCUUUUUAGGGAUUUUAAAUAUACCUUUUACAAGAUAAGGUUUUUAUUUUUUGUGAUUUAUGGUAUACAGCCAGUUACAGGAAUUUUUACUUGUGAUAUUUUUAUGUUUUUAAUUUAAUAGCACAUGAAAUGAUAUUUAAAAUACCAUUUUAUAUCCUACCAGAUUAAAAACAAUGGAAAACCUUCUCUGGUUACACCAUCUGAGGCUUUCAAAAGUGCAAGCCAUGCGGAUUCUGAGACUAUAGGAAGAUGAUGGAAUUUUACUACAUAUUUAUAAUUCACGCCCCAUCUGCUCAGGCGGUAAAUUUCCAAUGAGUAUGGUUCCCGUAGUACUCCAAAUAGAGUAGAAAUAUAAAUUAAAAAUGAAUAAUCAUUUUCAAUUUCGUUGAAAUCUUCGUGGUUUUUAAACAAGCUUACGAUUCUGUUAGCAGAGAAGCAUUGUGGGAGACUAUGGUAGAAAAUGGGAGUACCUGGAAAGCUGGUACGAUUAGCAAAGGUGGGCACGGAGAACGUUUCCGCACGAAUCAGAAUUGGCAGCACCACGUCGGAGGAAUUCCUCAUUGACACCGGGCUUAGACAAGGAGAUCCUCUCGCCCUCCUGCUGUUUGACUUCGCACUGGAACAUGCAGUAAGGAAAGCUCAGCCACAACUGACAAACGGAUUUGCCGCCCAAGGAUCAAAAAUACUAUUAGCCUUUGCGGAUGACGUGACACAAUUGCACAAUCCACCAGAGAUGCAAAAGAAGCUUUCACCCUAUUGAGAACGGAGCCAAGGAAGUUGGUCUUAAGGUCAACGAGGACAUGACCAAGUACAUAGUGGCUACGAAGAACCCAAGACCAAGGGUUAGACAAAACGUACAAUUAAUGAAUACAAUUUUGAAGUCGUCAAAGAAUUUAAGUACCUGGGAGCGAUCAUAACAUCUGAAAAUAAAUAUGAAAAGGACUUGACAGCCACGAUCAUUGCAGGAAACAGGGCAUAUUACUCAUUAAGGACCCUACUUAAAUCAAAAAUACUCUCAAGACCAGCAAAAAUAAGAGUAUAUAAGACAAUAAUUCGUCCUACAAUAACGUAUGGAAGCGAAACAUGGACUCUGAAUCAGAGGGAAACGACAAAAUUACUGGUACUUGAAAGAAAGAUACUGCGGACUAUCUAUGGGACUUGCAGAGAAGAGACAACAGGAGAAUGGAGAAGAAGACACAAUGAUGAACUCCAAACAAUAUAUGGAGAUGAAAACAUAGUAUGCUACAUUAAAGCAAACAGAAUAAGAUGGGUAAGUCACGCGCUAAGAUCAAGUGACGAAAGACUUCUGAACGCCACAUUCUGGGAAAGGCCCGAUGGAAAAAGGUCAGUUGGUCGCCCAAGAAAGAGAUUGAAGGACGCAGUAUCCAGUGAUCUACGCAAAAUGGGAGUACAGCAAUGGGAAAUAGCUGCUCAGAACCGACAACAAUGGAGGGAAAUAGUAAACGCGGCCAAGACUCACAUAGAGUUGCAGAGCAAAAUUUCGAGUUGCAGAGUUUCGUUGAAACCCGAAACCGAAGUCGCAUUAUAUUUCUAGUUCAAUCAGAGAGUACAGCAAGAAUCUUUACCGGUUUCGGUGCUUCUUUGCCCCUCAUCAGGAGACCAUAUGCUCUUCUCUCUGAAUGAACUAGAAUAAUACUCCUCUUGCCACGGAUGGCACGAAUGGCAUGGAUGUCCUAGCGACAACUGUUAGAAAAAAAUUCAAGUUUUUAAUCUAAUAGCACAUGUUUCUAAAAAUGCAAGCCAUGCGGAUUCUGAGACUAUAGGAAGGUGAUGACUCCACAUUUAAAAAAGUUCGUUUUAAAGGUUUUUAUAUGACGUUCAAGUUUCUUAGUGUUAAAUUUGUUUCAAAUGCUCCACUUUUCACGAAAAAAACGAAAAUUGGCCGUUUUUUAAACCUUAGAAUAGAAAUAUGCUUUGUCACCGAAAAUUUUUACAAUUUUAUGGACAAAGCUUCCAUACAGUCAAAAGAAAAAUAAUAUCAAUAACAAAUGACAACUGCAAUUUACUAAAAUUAGAAAAAUCGUCAAUAUGCGUAUAUACUUACAACAAAUAAAAUAGAACAUUAGGAACUGACAAGUUUAAGCUACUGCAUAUGAAACCCAAUUUUCUUAGUUAUUUAUUAAGAAAUUCUUCUAUUGAAUAAUAUGGUCUUGUAGAUAGAUAGGCUUUUGUCAUUUUACGGAACUUCCGGAAAGAUGUUGCAGAUUUAAGUUGUAACAGGAGAUGGUUGUAAAGUUUUUUUGCGGAAUAUAAUAUAGAUUUCUUUACUAACUCUGUGGAUGGGAUCGGUAAAUAAAUAUCAAAUAUUGAAUUUCUGGUGGAGUAAAUAUAAUUGAGCCUUGCUGGAAAGACAUGAAGGUGUUUACGAAUUAAACAAACCGUUUCUAGGAUAUAUAAAGAUGGAAGUGUUAAAAUUCCGUGAUCUCUGAACUAACUUAUGCAAUGUGUAGAUCUUCUGAGGCCAAACAGAUAUAUUAUUGCUCUUUUUUUGCAAUUUAAAAAUAACAUCAAAUUGAGCAGCUGUACUAGAACCCCAAAAAGGAAGACCAUAUCGAAGAUGAGACUCGCACAACGAAAAAUAUGUUAUUUUAGAAGAUGCUAAAUUGAGUUCCCUUGAGAUAAUCUUAUUGCAUAGCAAGCUGAGGAGAGUUUCUUACUCUACGAAUCGAUAUGAAGGGACCAUUUGAGGUUUCUGUCUAAAAAAUACCAAGAAAUUUUACAGAAUCAACGGUACUGAUCUGGCUAUUAUUAAGAGGCAAAGGUUGAAUAGCUCCUUUAUAGGAUAAUGCUACUGUUUUAUCUACGGUAAAAUAGAGUAAAUUAGAGUCAGGCCAGGUCUUUAUCGUCAGUAGAUCCGAAGUUAUAGUUUCAUGAAGAGAUGCAAUAGUUGAGUUGCUCCAAGUGAUACUGGUAUCAUCAGCAAAAAGAAAAAAUUUCCCAUUGAUUUUUAAGUUAGUGAUGUCAUUUAUAAAGAUAAGGAACAGAAGAGGACCCAAUACUGAUCCUUGUGGUACUCCACAUACAAUGUUUUUGAGACUAGAGUCAGUAUCAUUUGCUCUAACUAGUUGUUUCCUAUUAUUCAAGUAGGAUUGGAACCAAUUCAAAGAAAUACCUCGAAUUCCAUAGAAAUUUAGUUUUUUAAUCAAGAUGUCGUGAUUUACACAAUCAAAAGCUUUAGCAUAGUUAUCCAACCAACCUUAGUUUGUUAGUAACUAAUUAUCCAAAAAAUCGACUUCAGGAAACAUCGAGUUCUAAACUACUCAAAAACUCGUUUGCCUGGAUGGGUCAGUGUCACGAGAAAAACCCCAUUUCUCUGGGCUAGUAAAUUUAUGUAGCAACUAUACUUUUUAACAUUACAUAUUUUAUCCUUCAAUUCCAACAUUAUUUUUUAACUAGUAUGCUACUCUUCUGAUCCGGAAGGACAGAGCAGUAAAUGUUUCGCCCUAUUCAAAUAUCGAAAAUCUUUAGCCGGGAUCCAAUGGAGCGUGCCGUAACACUCUUGGUUGGCACCACACGUUACCGUGAAAUUAUUACAUUUUUACUUUUUGAUAAAAUCAAUCGGACCAUGUUUGUUCCGUUUAGUAAAUUGGAUAAUUCAUACAAUGAUAAAAAUUCCAACACAAGUGGUUAGACCACAAAAUUACCACGGCAAUAACUGUACCAGCCGCUAGCCGACUUGGAGGGGUCUAUUCAGUUUCUGACUUCCUUUGAACCGUGCUCAUUUACCGACAAACGAUGGAACACUUCGCGCCGAUCCAGGCCGGCCAUAAAUAGAGGGUUUGCUCCCAGCAAAAAGAUUGUCAAUCACAAAUUCUGCGGGAAAUAACGCUAUUUCACGUUGCGUUGAUUCUCAAGGCGUGUCACGCCACGUUCCAUCACACCUUUCCGUUCAGCGUUUCUCGACCCUAGAAUUGAUGAAUUCCCAUACAAUCUUCGUUUUACUUUACUUAUAUAAAGUGCUGAGAGUUUUUUAACAAUAUUAUCUUUACAAGUUUUCUUUGUACGUAUUGUUAUCUGUAUAUAAAAGUUGUUGAGUCAAGAGAAUUUUUAGGACUUCUUUUUAAACGACGUUAUUAGAUUGAAUCUAAAAAAUAUCACUUGAAUACCCCUGUUGAACUUGCCCCUCACCUUGAAAAAAAUAAAAAACAAAUAGCACUAAAUUACGAGCUAUUUAUGAGCUUUUAUAUCCCGCAGAUUAAAAAAUUUUUGAGCCCGUUAUACUGGCAUUUUUUUGUGGGGGGCUCAGCCCCCCCCCCCCACUACUUAAAAAUAGACAUAUUGAAUCGAUCUUUGCGGCAGAAUUGCGACCUAUUUAUGAGCUUUCAAAUUGAUAUAGUUUUGAUUUUUGAGCUCAUCCUCUUAACCCCCAAAUAACCCUUUAAUCGAUUUAACUCAAGAAAAAUGUUGAGAAAAAUUAAAAUAUAUCGUAUCGCUGAUACAAUUCGUAUAGCGUAUAGAUUCUAAGUAUAAACUCUUAAAAUACGCGCAUUUCAAGUAUUGAGCUAUAACCCCUUCGCAAGAAAACCUCCCCAUAUUCCCGGCUUAAGAGGGAGUUGUACUUAAAAUGAAUAAAAUUAAUUAUUUUGCGACUUCAUAUCGUUUAGUAAUUUAUGAGCUCGCAAAAUAUGCGCAUUUAGAUUAUUGAAUUGCAAUUUCUUUUGUAGGAAUAUUUUAUAUUCCUGCUGUACGAAAAAAUUAUAAGUUAUACUUUUAGAAUAGUAAUUUAUGUCUAAAUUAAUUCGGAGCUCAUAAAUUAGUAAACGAAAGGUAGUCGCAAAAUAAUUAAUUUUAUUCAUUUUAGGUACAACUUUCUCUUGAACCUGGAAGAUGGGGAGGUUUUCUUGCGAAGAGGUUGUAGCUCAAUAAUCGAAAUGGACGUAUUAUUUAUUAGAAUUUAUUAUGAAGAGUUUAUUCUUAGAAUCUAUACGCUAUACGAAUUAUAUCCCCGAUACGAUAUAUUUUAAUUUUUCUCUUGAGUUGAAUAAAUUAAAGGGUUAUUUGAGAGUAUAGGGGAUGAGCUCAAAAAUCGAAACUAUAUAACUUCGAAAGGUCAUAAAUUGCUCGUAAUUCUACCGAAAAGAUCGAUUUAAUAUCUCUAUUUGUAAGUACUGGGAGUACUGGGACUUAGCCCUAACACAAAUAAUAUUAAAUUCUUGCCCAUUGUAACGAGCACAACAUUUUUAAUCUGCGGGAUAUGAAAGCUUUUAAAUAAUAGCUCGUAAUUUAGAGCUAUUUGUUUUUUAAUUUGUGCAAGGUGGGGAGGCCAGCUCAACAGGGAUCACUUAAACAACAUGGCAGUGGUAAACCUUGCUUGCUGUAAAUAUACCGUGACGUCAUAGUAACAUCACCAGUGUUGCCGGAUCUUUUACUUAAAAAUGUAAUAAAUUUUACAUGUUCACAAAAGUGCAUAUAUUUCUUAAAAAAGAUUACCAAAAUGUACAUGUUUGUUUUCUCGCACAUUGUAUUCUCUUUCUUUAGUCUCAUAUUUUUAUUACUGGUCUAAAAAGGCAUUAAACACGUCAAAAAAUCUUAAUCUGAAUCCACUACACAUGGCAACAUGAAUGUGGCAACAUUGUCGCAAUAAAUUGGCGAAUCUGUUUUUAGAUUCGAAGACGUCAGUAUCUAUUUAUAAUAAAUAUGGUUUACAUAUUUAUGAUAUUUAUUUUAAAAGGCAACCAUUGUAUUUUAUUAUUAUAUUAUUAUUAUUACGUUCCAUAUUGAUUAUUACUUAUUGAAUUGUAAAUGAUUUAUAUAUAAAAUGUAGAAAAAUAUUAGAGAAAAAAAGUGUUUUAAUAAAUGUUGUGAAAAACUA